CGCAGUUGUCAACAGUCAGUAUGGCGGUACAGUGAAGCCAUAUGGCCGAGUCAGAAGAAGUACAUUUUUAUCCAAAAAUGGCUCAUCUGAGUAAAAGUCCUUCUGACAGAGAGAGGUUUAUCUGCUUGUAUCCAGUCUACAUCAACAGUAAGAAGACCCUGGCCGAGGGGCGCAGGAUUCCCACAGAGAAGGGUGUGGAAAAUCCAACGUGUGCUGAGAUCAGAGAUGUUCUCACCGCUGCUGGGAUGAACGUCUACGUGGAGAACAAGAUGCACCCAAGAGAGUGGAACAGAGAUGUUCAGUUCAGAGGUCGGGUCAGAGUUCAACUCAAACAGGAAGAUGGCAGCUUCUGUCAGGACAAGUUCACCUCUCGUAAAGAGGUGAUGUUCUACGUAGCAGAGAUGAUUCCCAAGCUGAAGACCCGCACGCAGAAGGGCGGAGGAGGAGACAGCAGCUCCCAGCAGGGUGAAGGAGGGAAGAAAAGCAAGAAAAAGAAGAAGUAGAACUUUUUUUUUCUUAAACCAUUAAUCAUUUUGGAGUUUAUUGUCAGUUGACUGUUCAGACUAACGUCUGGGACAGAUCCCCCUAACUGAAACCCUCAUAACUUUAACAUUCAACUUUCAUUCAAGAUUAGUGGGGGUUUCUACUCGCUGAGUAAGUUUCAAGAUUGUUGGCCCAUGAAAUGCAUUCAUGUCAUGUUUAGUAGUUUGAUGGACAUUUAGUUUUUUUUUUGUUUUUUUUUUACUUUCUGGAGUAAAGACGUUUCAGUCCAACGACGGUUUGAUACAGAACGCAGGACUAACGGGUUGUGACAGGAAAUAAAAUUCAGCUUUAUCGUCAAUAAAUUUCAUCAAAUAAACAUCCCCUGUUUAAGAGACAAAUGAUAGAAUCAAUUGUUGGGAGUGUCUUAAUGUGCAUUAUGCUGAUUAUCUUUUUUUUAAUUUUUUUUUUUACUUUUUUUGGUCUUUGAUUCCUCAAAUCAAGUCUUUCAGGAACCCACAGCUACAAGACUCCUCUUCUCUCUGAGUGGACAGAUGUGCUGUUUGUUCCUGAAUGGAGGUUUUGACUCAGCGAUGGCUUUUUUUUUUUUUUACAAGGUUUCUGUCCAGCAGAUCCACUAUGACCUCCUGCUGGUCUAUUUGGACUUUGACAGCUGUUGAAAACCAAACUACAGCUCUGGUUCUGUGCUGUUAUGAAGCAAUCUCGUAACUCCCGAUUUCUUUGGAUAUUUAAAGUUUAAGUUGAUUUUUAAUAAAGUGAUUGCCUAUAUCAUCAGAAAUCUAGUUUCAAAAGCUCAUGGUUGUCAGUCUGGAAAUGAGCAGGCUUUCCGUCUGGAAAAACAACCCCAAAAUAUCUUGGCUUCAAUGGCCUCCUCUAGAAGUUUCCCAGAAUCCUUCGCUGCUUGUUUGAGUAGAUCUCACAGCACCUGUAAAACUCAUUCAGAGCCAGCCACAUAGUUUUAAAAAACAGAUCUCAAAUUAGAAAAUUACUUUAUUUGUGCCUCGUCUGUCAUGUAAAUCAUCUGAUUGUACCAACUAGUGUGAACUAGACAAACAGGCCAGCCUCUGUGUUUUAUAUCACAGCUAUUAACUUGUCAUCUACCGCUUUCACUGGGAAUUCCCAGAAUACACCCCAGAGUACACAUCACACAGGAUUUCACAUCCACCAUCUAUAACCCAGAACCCAUUUCAUCUAGAGCCUGGCCACUGCAUCACCUCCUAAAUACUGCAGUCAGAAAUAAAUGAAGUUCAUGACUUGAGUGGAAGGCAACAGUGCAGAUCAGUCAUGAGAGCCCCAAACUUCCCAUCAGCCUCAGCACAGGCAUACAACAUUGCUCUGUUUAGUACUUGAUUCUUAGUCUGGGUUCAGUUCUCUGGUUCGUCAUGCAGGCCGUAGAAAUCAAAAUGUGGUAAUCUUAGUGAAUGUGUUAAAAGUGUAUUUCCAGAAGAGCUUCAUUUCUUCAAACCAGACAAAGUGUUUCUGCUGUAGAAAAAGUGAAGGUGUUGCUUUUGUUUUGCAUUAAUGAUUUAUCGCUAAACGAAACCCCAGUGGUGUGUGGCCAGGUAUUUUCCACUUCUGUUGAGUUUUUAUGACGCAAACCGCUCCUCAAUGAAGCAAAUUGCUGAAAAAACUCUUCCACAUUGAGGCGGUGUGGACUCAGUUUGAGAUGGACAUGUUACAGGUUUCAGUGUGUUCACAGCAGUCGGUGUGUGAAACGUCUAGUUACAGUCAACUAGUGCAGACACAGCCUUGGAUAUCAGUCUGAUCCUCUUUGGACCAAAGAAACAAUGUAGGUGACUAAAGUCCAUCUUCAGCUCUGUCAGAAAACCAAAUCCUUUCAUAUGAAUGAAUGUUGAUUUGCAGAUGAUAUGCAGAGUCAGCUGAUACAUGGACACAAACACUUGGGUGAUUUAAUUAGGAUUUAUUGACAGGGAUGUUUUUUCUGUGUUUUUUUUUUAAGAUUUCACUACAUUUCUAACAAAUUUAAAUUAGUCUUUUAUAUCUGUGGGUUGUUUGUCCAUUAUCUCCGGCCUAUCUGUCUUGAAAACAUCCCUGAUGAAUGAACUGUUUCUCUUCCUCAGCCAGCCUGUUAAGCAGUGUGUUUGCAUACAAAGCUGGAUGGACUUUGUGUUUGGAGAAAUUGACUUCAAUAAAGACAAACGUGA